AUGGAACGACAAGAAGUAGUCCUCAGCGACGGAGAUGGUUUUCAGAGCACUCAAACGCUCUUUAAAAGAGUCAUGGCCGUAUGUUACAUACAGACCGUGAUCACGGUAAUCAAAAACUCGAGGAAGAAAGAUCGUCAAAAGUGAGCUGUUCUACUUUGCAGUAAACUUGUUUAAUGUUGUUUUAACUGAUCUUCACACACUGUACAAGAUCUGUGUUAGGGAAUGCUUAAAAUAUGUGUAUUCUUUGUGAAAUUGCAGGAGAGGAACUGGUUUCUAUUCAAAGCUAACAUUGGAUGGGUUCGGCGAAAUUUUUGGGAUCUUCACGAAUAACCACGUGUUGAAUUCAAUCGGUGAAGCUGAAAAUGCAUUUGCUACUUUUGGUUAUGACGACGCGAGCGGCGGUCAGAGAGUUAAAUUAAGACCUGAAGUAAUCUUUCGAACAAACAAAGUGAGUUUAUUUAGCAAGCAAUAGUGAAAGUGAAACAUUUCUUCUAUCUGCUCACACUUGGUGCUCUCCUGCUGGCACCAUGCCAAGCAUGAUACUCACAAGUUACUAAUGUGAACGCAACUUUUUUGUCGAGUACCUACCAACAUGAGACAGUGACCAGAAUAAUUAGGCAAGGUAUCCCUGCCUGAGGACAAUGUUAAGACCUGGUACUUGGCCAGGACCUAUAGUGGGCACUGGGUCCCUGUGUGCAUAAGUUCUUCGUUAACCUCAUAACACUUUGACCAUAAUCCAGUUAUGCUCACAUUACAAAAGCCAUCUGACACAAGUAGAUGACUGGGUACCGUAUUUACUCAAAUAAGUGCCCAACCUCGAAUUUAGCGCCCUCCUCAAAUAAGUGCUCAUUUUAAAGGCAGAAAAAGUUAAUAGAGACCUUAAGCAAGGACGACGGCAGUGAAGUUCUUCAUGGUUUCACUGUUGCUGGUGGAUCUCCACCCUAAUAAAAUACCCCUCUUUCUUAGGUGUCAAGAAUGUCAGAAGUGUAUUGGAAUUGGGGGUCCAAAACAUGGAAAUUAAGGUCGAGAAAAUUGUAGUUCAUUUCGCAGAAAUGAAAGUUUACUGAGAUUAAAGAGCAUUAAUUUCCUGUAAUAAGGUAUUUUAGGUUUCGCUCAUUUUGGUGGCUGUUCUCUUUGUUAGAAUUUUGAUUAAUUUUGGGACACAGCUCCGUAAAUGCUCUUUUUCUGUGAGAUGAGCUCUGCUCAGCUCUGCUCUUAGAAGAAAAACAGAAUGUUGGUAUGUAAUUAGACUGUUCACAGUCCCCUAUUUUUCUGUGAGAUCGUCGAGAUCGAGCGCGUCUUAGCAUUAAUAGUGGCCAUCUUGAUUUUCAGUUGAACCGAUUCUAACCUCUACUUAGGGGGCGGGGUGUAAUCCCUGACGCCCGCCCCCUCGGUACAUCUGAAAAUCAAGCCAUUAACGGUAAGACGCGCUUGGUCUCGAUGAUCACACGGAAAAAUAGGGGACUGUGAACAGUCUAGUAUGUAAUUAUCAGUGAGCUGAAAUAAUACCUAAUAAUAUUUUAUUGUGACAAAAUCUGGAAAGUUUCUCUUCAUCAUGAGGUUUUCACUGCCAUUGACUUCUCUGUUGCUCAAAGUCCCUAUAUAUCAUUAAACCUUCAGUUAUUUAGAUUUAUAUUAUUGUUAUUAUUUAUAACCUAUGAUUUCACUUCUAACAAGUACCCUUACCGUUUAUUUCUAGGAACUAGACUACACAUUUGUCGGCAUCAACAAAAAAGAGAUUGAUGAUUUGAACCUAAGCAUACAGCCCAUUGUUAUGGAGCCAGAACCAGAACUUAGAAAGGAUGAUGGAAUCUUUGUAAUUCAGCAUCCCAAAGGUCAACCUAAGCAGUACAGCCAAGACAAAAUAUUAGGAGUUCAACCACCUUUCGUCUUCUACAAAGCUGACACGGAAACUGGUUCCUCUGGAUCCCCUGUACUCACAACAGUUGGGUUGAAGCUGGUGGGAAUCCAUCACAAGGGGAGUGAAGAAUUGAGCUACAACAAAGGGACAUUGUGUAGUGAAGUCUUGCAGCAUCUGAAUAGUGGAAUGUGUAUGUCACUUUAGUUACUUCUGAGAUAUGUUCUGGAACGAACCUUGUGGCACAAAUUUUAUUGAUAAUAACACAUAUUUUGCCACAGUUUCAGUCUAAAAUGUGUCUUAGUUCUGUGGUUUUCAUGUUGCUUUGAACUUAAUGAAAUUUUGGUGGAUGGUGGAACCUUGAUACAAUGAAUCACUUUAUAUUAAUGAAACCCCAUUAAAACAAGCAAUAUUCCUCCCAUCUUUGCAAAAUUUGCAGAAUGCCAUCUUUUUUUGUCAGGCUAGAUACAUAAUUAUACUUGCAUAUCUUGAUUGCUAUUUAUUUUUUUCACAGAUACCCAGCCUUCUGGAGGUUUCUCUGACAGCCAGGAUAAGGAAAUUUUUGAAGGUAUUUUAUCAUUGACCAAUCUUAGAGCAUUUUAACGUUCCUCCAUCAACACCCCACCCCUUAGAGUAAAUUUAUCCACUGUUCUCAGGACAAUAAUAAUUCCAAAAAAGGUUGGCAUCUUUUCACUCUGCAAAAAUUUGCUUUGGAGAUUCCUCCAGCAAAUAUCUGUUAGCUAUAAAAAUGUGCAAAAAGAAAUAUAUUUAACUUAUCACUAGAAAUUCCUCAGGCAAAUAUCUUUGAGCUACAAAACUGUGUAAAGAAUUAUUUCACUUAUUACUGGCACUACUGUAUGGCCCUCACUUUUAUGCAUGGUUCCCGUAAAUGUUCGUACCUACUCCAUUGAGAGUCAGUAGAAAUUCUGAAGGGGAGAGGGGGAGGGGGCUCUUAAAAACCAAUAUCUGAAUUCUAAAUUCAGGGCUCAAAAAAAAUCCCGUCUAGUAGUCCAAUACUAGAAGAUUUUUUUUUGCUGGGCAUGUCACUUUUAAAGCUUACUAAGUAAGCUUUGAAAGUUGCCCAGUAGGUAGGGGUUCAGGCAAAUCAUUCUCUAAACUAAUUCAUUAACAAAGAGGAGCAAGAAGUGGCCCUGGUCAAGAAAAAUAUGAGAGCUGCUUGCCCAAAGGACAAGCUGGGAUUCAAUUUUUUUAGCACAGUAAAAUUUGGUUAAAUGUAAUUUGACUAAGUUAACCACCAAGAGCUUAGCGGUCAAGUGGUUCAUAAGCUUAGCAGUCAGGCGGUUCACAAGUGUAGCGGUCAAGCGGUUCACAAGCAUAGCGGUCAAGCGGUUCACAAGCUUAGUAGUUAAGCGAUCCACAAGUUUAGCGGUCCACAAGUUAAGCGGUCUAGCGGUCCACAAGCUUAGCGGUCUACAAGCUUAGCUGACAAGCAGCCCACGAGCGUAGCGGGCAUCCAGCGGUCAAUCCCAUAAGUGCGGGCUCACAUGGUUUGUGGUAGCUUUGUACACGGCUAGGAUCUGUGAGUUCUUCGUCAAGCGUUUGUGCAGUGGUCUGUGGAGCGGUUCAUUUAGCGUCUUCCCCCCCCCCCUCCCAUCCCUAUUUUUCUUCCUUCCACUGUUAUUCCUUUAGCGUCUUCCCCCCCCCCCUCCCAUCCCUAUUUUUCUUCCUUCCACUGUUUGAUCAGUGUGAUGGGUGCCUGGAAUGGGGGCUCAUGGCUGGGUUGUGGGGAUUUGCCAGCCAUGGGGGCAGUUUUUCUAUCUAGGGGCUGGCUGGCCACAGUGGAAGCCCCUGGGUAUACCGGGCACCCACCUUCCACUUAAGCAAGGCAGUUGGUUAACUGAAAUUUCUUCAGAGAGGUGAAAAUGGGGUCUCACCCCGGGGGGUACUCUGGAUUUCAAGUGACAGGGAUGAUCAAAGAAUUUUUUGGGGUUUGAAAUUUUCGAUUUCAGGAUUUUUUGGGGUAGGAAAAUUUUGGCAAGUAUUUUUUUGGGGGAAGUUUGAUUUAAGUAGGGAUUUUUUUGGGUAUUCAAAACUAAUGUUUCUAUUUUUCAUGUUAUAUCAUUUAAUGCUUUCUGGAAAUUUUUAGGGCUCACAAAUUCGGCAUGGGGAUUUUUUCGGGGUUAAAUUUUGGUCCAGGGAUUCGUUUUGGGGUUUGUUUGAACCCCAAGGGAUUUUUUCGGGUUUUGAUUUUUGCCCCCAUCCGAUCAUAACUGUCACUUGAAAUCCGGAGUACCCCCCUGGGGGGUCUCAACCAAAACCCUUUAUUGAGGCUGACAUAUAGAUGUUUCCUAUAGAUAAGGAGGUAACCAUGUUUUGUAAGUGGGUGUAUUUGAAAAACUGACAGGUGCAUCGUUAUUUUCUCUACACAGAUGACCCUCCAGCCAAAAAGUUAAAAUUAGAAAGCAAAGAAAGUCAACAGCCAUCUGAGGAUGAACUUACGGAUUUGUCGAAGGAAAUCACUCAAUUUUGGAAACAUCUUGGACGUAAGCUAAAAAUACCCAAUGCAAGUAUUAUGGAAAUUCAGAGUGACAAUAUUCAAUUCCCAGGGAUAAAAGAGAAAGCCUUUCAGAUGUUAAUGGUCUGGGUGGAGUUGCGAGGGGAGUUAGCUACAUAUGGUGAAUUAUCAAAGGCACUGAAUGCACUUGAUAAGAACAGGCUAGCUCAGAAAUACUGCUCUUUAUAACAAUCAUUGUAAAUGUUAGCCCAUGCAGUAAUGCUGGUUUUAUGUACUAGUACAUUAUGAUUUUUGACACUGAUCUGGAGAAAGAAUUUGAGGAACCAAAAAAUCACCCAUGUAGGAUGAAUCGUAGCCUUGGACUAGCAGAUCCUUUUGGCUAAUAAUUAGUGGUAUGUAAACCCACUAUUAGCUGAUGAUUAAGACAUAGUGAUGUUUGGGAAAGAACUUUCUUACAUAUGAAAGGUGGAUUCUACCUGAAUUCUCAGAGAGACACAAA